CACAACUAUAAUACACGCUCCACGCUCGACGACACAUGCUCUCAAACCUGGCUAUAGCGGGGAAACGCGUGCCACGCGUCGCGAUCGCAGUCGCCCUGCUCCUCUUUUGCAUCAUCGCCCUCGCGCACAAUGGCAAGAAGCGCGUCGCGACAUGGGCGAGCAUCCUGCUGCCUUCUGGGCCGGACGCAGACUAUACCCAUGGGUGUGUCGACACGGCGGGACGCCGCACGCGCGUGCUGGGUGGCACGCCGGGGUUCUACUACUUUGAGAACGUGUGGUACCGCGAGAAAGUCUUCUACAUGUUCGGAGACGACCUGCCCGCCCAGGACGCCAUCAUGAGCGGACACACGACGCUCAAGGUGGAGAAGGAGGCGCCAAAACACCUCAUCCCAGACGUGUGCUUGCGCAAGUCGACGCUAUGGCUCAACGAGGGCGCGAGCGACGGCUGGAACGGCCUCUGGCACUACUACCACUUCGCUGCCGAGAACAUUCUUGCCGGCUUUGCGUCGCUCGCGACAACGCACUGGGACACGCCAGUCAUGCCCAAGCAGCUCGUGAUCCCGUUCUACGGUGACCGUGGCUCUUGGCACGACAAGUGGGGCAUGAACGAGAUGGUCGUCGACGCCGUGUUUCGCGAGGACGUGAUUGAACCGCCGCAGUGGGAGCGGCUGGAGAAGAAGGGCGAUGGCUGGGUGUACUUUGACCGGAUUGCCAUUAUCGAUCGCUGGGCCGCCCACCGCAAGACGCCAGCCGCGGACCAGUGGAACAAGAUGGCCAUCGGCAUCCUGGGCGAGAAGCUCCAGCCACACUGGUUCACGGCUGCGCGCAACCGCCUCCUUGACUACUUCCACAUCCCGCCAGCAGACAAGAAGCGCCACCGCCUCGCGUACAUCAACCGCCAGGGCACGGACCGCAAGUUGCCAGAUGAGACGCACGCCGAGCUGCUCAAGUCGGUCCAUGCGCUGUCGGAGAAGUACAAUGUCGAGAUUGCCGACCUGGUGCUCGAGGACAUGACCAAGGAGGAGCAAAUCAAGGCCAUUGCAAACUCGACGAUUCUCCUCGGUAUUCACGGCAACGGCUUGACGCACGAGAUGUGGCUGCGCGAGACUGCGACCGUGAUUGAGCUGUUCCCGCCAGACACCUUCCUACGCGACUACGAGACGAUCGCGACGGCGCUGGGACACCGCUACAUUGCUGUGCGGAACGACACAGUCAUCACGCCGGAGCAGUGGAACGCGCACCCGGGCGAGCAGCACCCCGAGCAUACUCACGACGGGAUGAAGGUAGAGCUCUCGGUCCCAUUCCUCACUGGCAUCAUUCGCGGCAUUGUGGCGUAGGCGCCAACCACAUAGACAUCUUGCAUGGCCCUAAAUUAUUGUAUUGCAUGUACCGAGC